AUGUUGUCCUAUUUCUCAGAAAAUGAAAAAGAACACAGCAAAGUCCAGUGUAAGCAGAGUGCACACGUGCCCACGCUACACAUUUCUGACCUUAACUCAUCCUUCUACGACCCAGUGGCAGCGUUGGGGCGCUGGGGUUUGAAUCACCGAGGGGGAGGCGGUGGAGGGAGAGGUGGCGGUGGCCUUGGCAGUGGAGGGAGAGAUGGCGGAGGAGGGGGUACGAGUCACCUGCGGGCGGUGCAGCGAAUCAAGCGGGAGUUCAGGGAGGUGCUGAAGAGCGAGGAGGUCCGGGUUAUCACUAAAAUAUGGCAUCCUAAUAUUGGUUCUGUCACAGGAGCUGUUUGUUUGGGUAUCCUGAAAGAUCAAUGGGCGGCAGCAAUGACUCUGCGCCCUGUGUUGUUGUCAUUGCAAGCACUGCUGGCAGCUGCAGAACCGGAUGAUCCACGAGAUGCAGCAGUGGCAAAUCAGCACAAACAAAAUCCUGAAAUGUUCAAACAGACAGCUCGACUUUGGGCACAUGUGUAUGCUGGAGCACCAGUUUCUAGUCCAGAAUACACCAAAAAAAUAGAAAACCUAUGUGCUACGGGCUUUGAUAGGAAUGCAGUAAUAGUGGCCUUGUCUUCAAAAUCAUGGGAUGUAGAGACUGCAACAGAAUUGCUUCCGAGUAACUGAGUGUAGAGCGCUGCUGACAGUCAAGUCUGCCUCUUGAGGAGCACCACUGUUAUUUCUAGGAUUCUGCAUAAAUUUCUUUUAAACUGGCAUUCUUGCCUAAUGAUGUUAUCUAGGCACCAUUGGAGACUGAAGAAAAAAAUCCCUGCUCUGUAAAUAAAGCUAAUUAAACGUCUGUGUAAAUUUUAAAAAAGGGGAAAUACUUUAAUUUUUUUUCUUAAUAGUGUAAAAAUUCUUUGAGCUAAGCUAAAACCAUGGGAAAAUGCAUGCU